CAGGGGCCCGUCUUAUCAACGGUCGUACGACCAUUUUUAUCGUACGAUUGUCGUACGUCGAUCGUACGCUUUUGGCGGUGUCUUAUCAAACGUCGCAGAUUUCCUUAAUCUUACGAUUAUCGUAAGAUCAUGCAUUUUUUCUACGAUUGCUAAGUAGCAGUCGCAGAUCAAACAAAAUGGCCGCCGUACUUCUUGUGAAUCGACAACGCCGAAGGAAAAGCCGGACUUUUAGGCAGCGAAUGGUGCAUUUGGAUUGCCUGAGUGAUCAGGAAGUUGUGGCCCGCUAUCGGCUUGAUAAAGCUGCCAUUUACGAGCUUGAAAGUAUUUGCCGACAAGACCUUUCACCUUUGACAGGCCGGUCUUUUGCUGUUAGCAGCUUGACGAAGGUUCUUAUUGGACUUCGAUACCUCGCAAAAGGAGAUUUUAUAUCAGAAGUUGGAGACCUCCACGGGGUGUCUAAAGCCAGAGCUGCAGUUUACAUUCACCAAUUCAUACGAAGUGUAAACCAGGGUAAAUAUGCACCAGAUGUUUGCUGUAUGUUUGGUACCCCAUAUUCAAGUUUACAUCAUUUGAAGAGGAAAUUCUAUGAGAAAUGUAGAAUUCCAAACGUAAUCGGAGCAGUAGAUGGAACCCUCAUCCCUAUUCAGGGUCCAUCACAGGAUGAGGCAGCUUAUGUCUGCAGAAAAGGAUUCCAUGCUCUUAAUGUUCAGGCAGUAGUCGAUGCUGAAAUGAGAUUCACAGAUGUUGUCUCAAGGUGGCCUGGUUCACAGCAUGAUGCGGCCAUUUUCAAUGCUUGUGGGUUAAAGACACAUUUAGAACAAAGUAACAAUGGGUUGUUAUUGGGGGAUAGUGGGUAUCCUCUAAGGAGGUACCUCUUGACCCCAAAGGUGAAUCCGACAACACCACAAGAGGAAGCCUUCAAUAAACACCAUAGCAGAGGCAGAAUGGUGGUAGAAAAAGCCUUUGGUAUACUGAAGUCACGUUUCAGAUGCCUACACAAAAGUGGUGGUGUUCUACCGUUUUCACCAGAAAAGAGCAGCCAAGUUGUGGUAGCAUGUAUGAGGCUACAUAACUUUUGUAAAACUAGAGGAGUACAAGAGCCUGUGGAGAUCAUCACACAGGAUGAUGAUGAUGAUGAUGAUAAUAAUUUACCAAAUGGAGAUGACAGAAGUAAUAAUAACAUUAGACAGGAAUUAAUUAAUUUAUUCUGAAAAAAUGUUUUUAAGACAUAGAAAUUAAAAUAUAAUUACUUGUUCUGGUCACUUGAAAUAUAACAUUUCACUCAAUUAAAACAAUUAAAUCUAUGUUUUGAUCUCAAUUAAGCACCCAUGUAUUACUUAAAAGAAUUACUUUGUAUUUCACAUAAACCAAAAUUAGCACAGUACAGUAGUUAACUUAUUGUCAGAGUCAAUGAUACCUUUGAUAAGAAAAAAUUAUAUUUGUAAUGAAUAAUAAACAUUAAAGGGGUUAAGUAGUAAUAUUAAAUAAUAUAAGUAAACUAUACAUGUGAAAGCUAUUCAGUUAAUAUGUUGAAUAUUAAUUUGUGAUUUCAUGAAAUACAUUAAUUCAUUGAAUCAUUGUGAAAAAUAACUACUAAAAAUAUAGCUUUCAGAAAUAUCCCCUUGUCUUACAACUAUACCUGUUAAAUAUUAAUAAUUCAAAUACUGCACAUUUUUUAACAUCAUUUUUCAUUGGAAUACAAUGAUGUUUAAAUUUAUGAUUGAAGAAUUUUUUUCCCUCUAAAAAUGUUGUUUGCUGUAUUAUGACUUUGUUACAAAGAUUUCUGAUAAGUUAUAUGGCCAUUUAAAAGAAUUUGUUUGCAAAUUAUAACCCUCACCUUGUGACUAGGUUAUAUAAGCAAACAACCAUUUAAAUGGGGUAAUAUAACCUGUCAAAAUUCUUUUUUAACUAACAGUAUAACAAGUUUCAUGUUGAUGUCUUUUAUAGCUUUUAAAUCAUUCUAUAUUACAGGCAAUUAUGUAAAUCCAAGGGUAUAUAAUGAGUGUAAAUUUGAUUUAAGUUAUUACCAUCCUAAUGGGCACUAUAAGGAACUAAAAAAUUGACAUCAUAGGUCAAUAAAUAAUAAAUGCUAAAACAAAACCGUCUUAAAUUGACAGACCAAAUUAAAGUAUUAUGCUUAUCCAAGGGUCUAUAAUGAGUGUAAAUAUGAUUUAAGGUAGAACACCCUAAUGGGCACUAUAAUGAACUGUAAAAUUGACAACAUAGCACAGUUAUAUGCCCUAAAUAUCACCUGUAUGCAAAAUUUAAACAAAAUUUACCGUGUGGUUUAUGAGUUAUGGAAAUUUUUCUGAAUAAAACUUUGCCAUUUAGAAGGGCUUUUUUCAGAAAUAAGGAAUCUCUAAAUAAUCUAUAAUAUCAUCAUUAUGAAAAAUGUUUUCCUAUUGCUCAUUGUUAAGAAACAAAAAAUGACAUUUAGGUAACAAAUUAAACAAGCAAAAUGAUUGUUUUUAAACUAUUUUUUUUAAUAUGUAUAAAAAUGUAACCCUACCCCACCCACUUUUAACACUUAUUUGACCAUUUCCAUAUGUAAAAAGCCUUACUUAAAAUAUCCCUUAAAUUUUCCACAAUGAGGGGCUGUUUUCAAAGUUUGCCAUAAUUUUCUUAAAUGUAUAUUGGUUGGUCUUGCAAAAUAUAAAAAACUUUUACCAUGUAGUUUUUAUUUUUUAAAACUUUGAAAAUAUCUGGUAUCAUAUUUGCUAUUAAAUUUGGCAUUAUUUAGUAAAUAGAUACCUACAAUAAUUUAGUUCUGGCUUCCAUAACUUUAUAUGUCGCUUUUAUUUUGACGUUAUGACAGUAAAGAACAGGUCUAGCAAUACCUGUUCGCUGAAGUAUCUUGAGCUAACAAUAAUUAUAUAAUUAAAAUGAAACACUUUAUUCUUCCAUUAGGAAUCUGAUAGAUUAAUAAAAAAGUUUAAAAGAAAAAGAAAAUUGACCCUUCUGGGGAUUGAACCCACGGCCCUCAUUUUCAAUGUAGUUAACAGUAGUUCUAGCCUAUUUGAAUACUCUUCAAAGCGGUGGUAAUGCAUUAGGAUGGUAAUACCUUAAGUUAAAAUAUGUUUAGGAAAUAAUAUCAGUCUUUUCAAUUUAACAGGAUAAUUUGUUAAGUAAUUUAUCAAAGUUUGCAUUUAAGGUUUUGAAAUUUUCAUUUAAAGAUGAAACUUGGGCAACUAAAUCCCUCAUUACAGCAGUUUGCUGUAUAACUAGUUCUUCAACACGAUGACCUGAAAUAAAAUAAAGAAUAUAUUUACAACCCUUAAAUCAAUACAAUCUAUUUCCUUUGUAAAUACCAUUUGUUUUCAUAAUGUAUUAAUUAUAAUUUUAAAGCCUUUUGUUCCGUCAUUGGCAUAGCAGCAAAUUAAAUGUUUUUCUGAUAACAGACAAUCUUGUUCGAUAAAAUUUAUUUGUCGCCUACAGUCAUAAUAUUUUGAAAAUGUGACUUUAUCAAAACUGAGAUAAACUGCCAUCCUACAUAAAAUGAAAUUAUGAUCUAUAUGAAUGAAGAAUGUUGAAGCUUUAAAUUGUUCGAGCAGUAAAGUACUUGUGGAAAAGCUCCAUUUUUGCAUGAAAAAACUUUGAUUACAAUCAUAACUGUUAGAUAAAUAGAUAACUAGAUGAUAUUUAUGAUGGUCAUUGUUUUUAAUUAAUUACAUGUAUCAUACUCACUUUCAUCUCUAGAUGUGUUUGCUUCCGGUACACUCUUUCUUGUUGAAGCAUCUGAAAUUUAUAUUACAAUGUAUAAUAAGCAAGUGAUUAUCUAUGUGAUAAGUUAAAGUUUACUCAUAGUUAACAUGAGAAUAAUAGUUGCAUAAAAGAAAUCAUUGAUUGUUAAAAGAAUGAUACUUACUAUCAUAUUUUGCCCUCUUGAGUGAAGGUUCACUAUCCUCUAUGGUGGACCCUAAAAUAUAUAAUGUACACAUUUUAUGUAACAAUGGAUUCUGAUUCAUGUACAGUCAUUUAUAGCAAACAUACUGUCUGUUUCAAAGUUCAUAUUUUAAUGAGAAGGUUUAUUAUGUAAAAAGUUUGGUGCCAUUGAUGAAAUGUGACCCAUGUAGUUAUAUAUUGUAAAUAUGUUGCCACAUGAUCUAAUGGCUUUGUGAAAUGAAGAUACAUUUAUAGACAUUCAAGAUGUAGUAUGUAAUGACUUUAGUCCAAUGAGCUUAAAGGAGUUGAUCAUGACUGUAAUAUUAAAUAAAUUGAAACCCAA